CUAUAUAAAAUCCAGUGCUAUUUGCAUGUGAUGCCAGUGUUUGUGUUGGUAACCCACUUUUUAUAUUAUGUAGCAAUAGUAAUAAUUUGGAAUACAGAGUGUGACUUUGAGAGAAUAACACAUUACCUGUUUUUAUGACAGUAUUUAAUAUUCAUGUACAUAUUCAUAUUACACUUGUACAUCUGUGUAUUGGAAAGUAUUAUUUUAAAUGAAUAUGACGUUCUUUGCAGUGUAGUGAAUUAGUGAAGUAAAUUAUUUUGUUGAACGGCCUUGCUCACUCCCACUCCAGUCAGCAGAUGGCGACGUGAGUCUUUCAGAUGACGCUUCUUGCGUGACGUAUAAUCUAGUGGACGGGGUGGGACUCUUUUUUCAACAACAACAACGAUGACUACUCCUUCCACCACCUCCGUAGCACCGCUAGCAAACAUUAAACCGAAACGUUGAAGCUCUUUACACCAACGUUGUACUUAUUAAGUGGUUUCAACACACUCGUCAUAGUUACUAAUUACUCCAUUUACGUUGUCUACUACCUGGCUUGUUAUGUUAGUUUAACUCUGGGCUAGUCGUUAAUGCUAACUAGCUAGUUAACAUCCCCGACCAUGAGCUCACUAAACUACUCCCCUCCUGCUAAAGAAGAUGAGGUCUACUGGACGGAGAAAGAAACUCUGGGGCUGAACGUUGUCGUGAAAGAAGAAGAAGAAGAGGAGGAUGAUGAAGAGGAUGCCGUUUUUGGAGUGAAGGGGGGGAAGGAGGAAGAAGAAGCUUUCAGAAUAAUAAAGGAGGAAGAUGAGGCUAUCACAUUGAAAGAAGAAGAGAAGGAUGUAAUAGUGAAAGAAGAUGAGGCCAUCUCAAUAAAAGAGAAGGAAGACGUUUUGGGAGUGAAAGGGGAGGAGGAGGAGGAGGGAGAGGAGACUGAAGAUCUGAAUAACACCACAGGAGAGAGACCAGAUUCUAACUCUGACAGCGGGAAGAGUCCCUCAGUGGAACCAGACCCAGUGAUGCCCAAACCAGCAAGACGACACCCCUGCUCCCACUGUGGAAAGAGAUUUACUACAUUAGAAUACCUGAAAGUACAUAAAAGAAUAAUACACUUUGGAGAAAAGCCAUACCACUGUUCAGACUGUGGUAAGGAAUUUAGCCGGUUAGAUGGCCUGAAACAACAUGAGAGAAUACACUCUGGAGAGACGCCUCACCACUGCUCUCAGUGUGGAAAGAGUUUUAGCUGGUUAGGGAGCCUGAAAAUACAUGAGAAAACACAUACAGGGGAGAAGCCUUACCACUGCUCUCAUUGUGGAAAGAGAUUUUCCCAGUUAGGGCAUCUAAAAGGGCAUAAGAGAACGCACACUGGAGAGAGGCCUUACCACUGCUCCCAGUGUGGGAAGAGAUUUACCCAGUUAGGAAACCUAAAAAAUCAUGAGCUAAUACACUCUGUAUAUAAGCCUUAUCACUGCUCCCAGUGUGAAAAUACAUUUUUCUCAUCAGAUUCUCUGAGAAAACAUGAGAUAACACACUCUGAUGAGAAACCUUUCCAUUGUUCCCAGUGUGGCAAGAAUUUUUUUACAUUAGGGUCCCUGAAGGAACACGAGCGAACACACACAGCAGAGAAACCCUACCAUUGCUCUAAGUGUGUAAAGACUUUUUCCUCAUCAAAAUACCUUAAAGAACAUAAAAGAAUACACUCUGGAGUGAAACCUUACCACUGCCCCCAGUGUGAAAAAAGUUUUGUCCGACCGAGGGACCUGAAAUAUCAUGAGAGGACACACACAGGAGAGAAGCCUUACCGCUGUUCUCAGUGUGGAAAGAAUUUUUUUUUAUCAGGACACCUGAAAAGACAUGAGCUAACACACUCUGUUGAGAAGCCUUUCCACUGCUUCCAGUGUGGGAAGGAUUUCACCCAGUCAAGAUACCUGAAAAAACAUGAGACAAUGCACUCUGUGGAGAAACCUUACCACUGCUCCCAGUGUGAAAAAAGUUUUGCACGGUCGGGGGACCUAAAAUAUCAUGAGAGGACACACACAGGAGAGAAGCCUUACCACUGCUCCCAGUGUGGAAAGACAUUUUUUUUAUCAGGACACCUGAAAAGACAUGAGCUAACACACUCUGUAGAGAAACCUUUCCACUGCUUCCAGUGUGGGAAGGAUUUCACCCAGUCAAGAUACCUGAAAAAACAUGAGCUAAUACACUCUGUGGAGAAACCUUUCCACUGUUCUCAAUGUGAAAAGAGUUUUAAGAAUUUAUGGAACAUGAAAGUGCAUGAGCAAAGACACACAAAGGAGAAGCCUUCUACUGUUCCCACUGUGGAAUGAAAUGUUAAUGGUUUUAUCAACUGAAAGAGCAUGAAUGAAUCCUCACUCCGGAGAGAAACGUCCGAAGCCAUUAUUUAUACUGUGUAAUUUAAUCCUUUUUACAUGUGUGAACCUUUUUACCAUCCAUAUCAAUUCGAACCUGUCUAUGCAUACAGGAAACUAUUAUUUCCUUCACCACUCAUCAAAAAGGAACUGUGUGACAAACCUGGACGUUCUUUAAAAGAAGUGGUCAUUUUUAGAAUGUUGGGACAUUGUUUGAAGCCACAUCACAUGGACUUAACGUUUAUCAGGAAACACACAAAGUGCAUAUCUUUGGGUUUAUGUUUAUGCCACAUUAAUAAAAUAAAGAUGGGUCUUAUAAAAGCCUGCACUGCUGAAUUUGCAAGAAUAUAACUUUUCUUUCAUUUUGAUUUUGGCACAAAUUAAAAUGUGUCACUGACUCCACCCAUGGAUUGAUGUUUCAGCAUUGUCUGUCUCCAUGAAGAGUUCUGUGUUCAACUAGCCACGUGCAACAUAAACGCGCAGUUACAAGCCUAGCUCAAGCAUGCUUGAGUGGGUACCAGAUCAAUAUCCAUCGUCAUAAUACGGAUAGCAUGUAGCCUGAGCUAGAAAGUGAAGCUAACUAGUUGGCUAGCUUUAUACAGUACAAGAGAGUAGAUCUAGCUAGCUUUAUACAGUAUAAGCCUGAGUAGAUCUAGCUAGCUUUAUAUAGUAUAUGUCUGAGUAGAUCUAGCUCUCUCUCUCCAGACAUACUCAAACCUAGGAGAGGCCCUCCUUUAUACAACACAACCCCUCUGAUGGUUCUGGUCAUGGUUGGGGUCAAACAGGGUGCAAACCGACCUUCAGACCCUCAAAAAACCACCCCUAGAAUAUUGCUGUGAUGUUUAAACUUUAUUUGUAGAUGUAGAACUUGAAAUAGAAUUGACUUUUGAUUUCUUUAAAGAAUUAUCUUAGACUAAAAUGUAGUUUAAAAACUAAGCAUUUUAUGAUUCGGGGCUCUAACCCCUCACCUGCUGCUUUUAGUUGCUCCUCCCCAAGUCUUUGUUCCCCUGCCCCUACCACUUCCCACCCUUCCCCCGUUUUCUGAAACAUGGCCUGGCCAUAGAUACUUAUAACUGACUGCCCAAUUAGUAGAGGGAGAGAGAGAGUCUGACUUUGAUGUCUGUUUAAAAUGUUGUGACAUUCAAGUUUGUUAUGUUUAAUACAGCUGGACUAAGAUUGAAACCCUGUCUCCCUCUCCAAUUUAUUUGUAUAUAUUGAAUAAAGUUGGACUCAGAGUGCAACCUUGUCUCGCUCCCCAAUUAAUUUGUAAACUUUGAAUAAAGUUGGACAAAGACUGCAA